AUGACGAUGGCUUCACUCCGGACUUUCUGGCUGGCCGCACUCGCAUUGUCGUCGGCACCGUUGGCCGCCGGCCAUCCCCGUGGCGGCCGUCAGGGCACUAACAUGACCACGUCCACAUCGCCGAACCUGGUCGGGGCGCUGUUGCGCCGCGACACUGAUCCGACAGACUUCUCGUGGAUCUCCAAGUGGGCGGCCAUUGGCGACAGCUACACCGCAGGCAUCGGCUCCGGCCAGCAGCUGGGCAUCCCCCUCACCGAUGACUGGUACUGCUCGCGCUACAGCUACUCCUGGGUCAAGAUUCUCAACUAUGCUUUUGGCCCCACGGUGACAGACUUUCAGUAUCCAGCCUGCAGCGGCGCCCGGACCGAGCAGAUCUACAACCAGGUCAUCGACCUUAGCGGGCAGCUGGACCUCGUCAUGCUGACGGCCGGCGGAAACGAUCUCUGCCUGGCCACGAUGAUCACCAACUGCAUCCUGCUCGCGUGGCGGGGCGAAGACGUGUGCCAGCAGAUCAUCGACAAGGCGCAAGAGAACAUCGACACCAUCCUCAAGGACAACAUCCGAGACAUCCUCUCGGCGCUCAACAGCGUCGUCAAAACAGACGGCUACGUCGUCUACAGCGGCUAUGCGCCCUUCUUCGACACCACCAGCGAAGACUGCGCCGACCUGAGCAAGCAGUACUGGGCCAUCAAGGAGUGGUGGUGGUGGUCGUACUGGUUCAGCUCGCCGCUGAAGCUGACUAUUGACCGGCGCAACAAGUUCAACACGCUGGUGGCCAACAUCAACCAGGCCAUUUCCGACGUGGUCGACGAGUACUCUACCGACACGGCGAUCCAGUACAAGAUCACCUAUUCCGACUGGUCCGACUGGGGCGGCAUCGUCGACGGCCAGAUGUGCUCGCCCAGCGGCGUCGGCCUGUAUCCGGAGCCGAAUCAGGCAGAGCUCCAGUUCAUCAAGCGCAACACGUACGUGAAGCCCAAGUCGUAUCGGGAGCUGAGACGGAGCGAAGACGCAAGCGCAAACGCAGACGACAAGAUGCGCGCGGCUGCCGAAGCGGCCAUUGGCGGCGAGAUGACCGAAGCGCAGCGCCAGCACUUCCUCGACCAUCUCGAGGCCAAGUGGGCCAAGGUCGACAUCUACGACUCGCUGCUGUACAAGUCGCGAAGUCCGCGAGCCGAGGUGCUGCACAAGCUGAACCCGCGGGCGCCGUCGCCGCCCAACUGCCCGGGUGACGACAGCACGGAUCCGACGUUGGGCGUUGGGCUGCCCGACAAGCUGGCUGCCAACUUCCAUCCCAACGAGCGUGGUCACGAGAACAUGGCGGCCUUUGCGAUGGAGAACCUCGUCUGGCUGCGCGCCCAGGCGCUCGGCGUCGAUGAUCCCGUCUGCCACGUCAACACGGACAUCUUCACCUGUUGGCAGCCGGACGGCAAGAAGGCCUUUGCCAGCGGCGACCGCAUGAACGAGAACUACAAGGAUUUCUGCAAUACCGUCGACAAGGACCAUCCGUCUGACACGCUCAACUGGGCCAAGAGCAAGACGUACCACGCCGGCACCCAGGACGAGCAUGAAAUAUCCGUCCAGCUGAGCAACGGUGCGUCCACCUGGGACAAGGCCCAGUGCCUCGACUCCUUCAGCCGCAUCAUCAACGGCUGCGACGGAAACGACCCCAACAACCCGCUCGACUUCAAGUUUGGCGGCAACUACGUCCGCGGCGACUACACGUACCAGGUCAAUCCUAAGCACGAUCGAACGCUCGUCAAGGCGCCUACGGGCGACUGCAAGGGCUCCUACAAGCCACUCUGGGGCUCCUAUACCCUGCGCGGCUCCGGAUGGUCUGGCUACGACUUUGGCGCUGACACCCUGCUGCCAUCAGCCAAAUCGUGCGUCGGUGGCGGCAUCACCAACUGGCAUUUUGACUAUUGCCUAGACGGCGACGAUUCGUGUGGCGGCUUCGAGUGGAAGGCCACGUUCCGCACGCCCAUCUGGGUGCGCACCCGCUGCUUCAACAACGACAAGGUGCAGAAGGGAGCCGGCGGAUCGACAAAUGGGGUUGGAUGGGGUAGUGUUGGAUGUUCGGGGAGUGAUUGA